CUAACUACGAUUGUUCCAUACAAGGAAAUCACUGUAAAGCCGAUCCCCACAAGACAUUGCAUCACUCUUGGUUUCGUUCGACGCAAGCGCAGACGCAAUGAAGACUGUAUUUAUUAUUUGUUUAUUUGUUUAUAUCGUCUGCGGAAAUGAGGAGGACUUUAGGAUCAUCGAUUCUAUUAUUCAAGAGAAGCCAUGCGCAUCUCUAGGUGGUAUCUGUACAGUUGCUGCUGACUGUCCAAAAGGCCAUUUGGCUGAAAAACCAGAUCUUUGCCCCGCACAGCGGAAACAAGGGGUAGAAUGCUGCCAUGGACUAUCCCUCAAAGAAUUAAGGUGUGAGAAACACGGAGGCAUCUGUAUGAAACAAAGUGACUACUGCAAUCCUCAACUCGUUUUCGAGGCUGUAGACUGCCCGUCAGAUCGGAAGUGCUGCAUUCUAGUGUAACAAAAAAAAGAAUUGAGAGUCGAAAAACAAAAUAUGUAUUACAUAUUGUAUAUUAUGUUAGGAAGUUGUGAAAAACCAUCUAAAGUAUUUUGCCAUACAGAAAAUCGAUAUAUAUAUAUAUAUGCACACAGAAAUAUUAAACGAGAAUAUGUCGGAGACAUGGCAUUAUUGUCAGCUGUCAUUGUUUUUAUAUGUGUCAGAGACCAUAGAUUAACAACAACAAAUCCUAAUCAGUUUAAAACUGAGGUUUAUACUAUUUGCCAAUAUUAAAAGAUCCACAAAUCAACAAUAAUAUAGAAUACUUUUUUAAUUUAUUUUAGCUAGCAAUGGCAUUGCUCCGACGUAUAUAUACAUAAUGUAACAUAAAUCUUGCCAAUGAA